GGGAGCGCGGCAGGGCCUCGGCGUCGAGGCGCCGCCGCCGCGGCCCGCCGGGGGGCGGGGGCCGCCAUGGCGGCCCAGACGCAGCCCGACCGCCAGCUGCCCUCGGCCGUCGCGGUGGUGAGCGACUUCGCCUCGGAGGAGGCGCGGGCUUGCUGGGAGAUACGUGGCUUCUCCCUGGUGGACAAGCAGCAGGGCAGCAGCAUGGAGUCCGGGCCGCUGGUGCGGGCGGCCGGUACGCAGUUCGGCCUGCGCGUCUAUGCGUGGUCCCUGCCGGGGGACCAGUUCGCGAUCUACUGCUUCAGGGAGGCGGAGGAGGGUGCCGAGCCGG